UUGGACCCAUUUAUGGGCUACGGCCCAAGUAAUAUGAGACAGUUGGUCUAGGGUUUCACCAAUCCUAUAUAUAUAAACUUCUCACUGGUUUUCUCACUCGUCGCUCUUGAUACUAAACCCUACUGGCUGUGGCCGAGCUCCUGCGAUCAAUUCUUGUCAGUCGACAAUGACGUUUAAGAGAAGGAACGGCGGUCGCAACAAGCACGGGCGUGGACACACCAAAUUCAUUCGCUGCUCCAACUGUGGUAAAUGCUGCCCCAAGGACAAAGCAAUCAAGAGAUUUUUGGUGAGGAACAUUGUCGAGCAAGCUGCAGUUAGGGAUGUACAAGAAGCUUGUGCUUUUGAUGGGUACACCCUUCCCAAGCUGUACGUGAAGAUGCAAUACUGUGUCUCAUGUGCCAUUCACUCUAAGGUGGUGAGGGUUCGUUCAGUUACUGAUAGGAGAAACAGAGAGCCCCCACAGCGCUUCAGGCGCCCAAGGGAUGAUGCGCCAAAGCCCGGUCAAGCUCCUCGCCCAGGUGCCCCCACUCAAGCUCCUCGCACUUGAUUCUCUUGGUUGGAUGUUUUCGAACUAGGCUGUUUGGUUUUGUUAUGCUAUUUGUGUUUUUUGUUUUUUGACGAUUUUGCUACAUUGAGUUAUCAGACUAUCAACCUAUCAUCCAAAUUUUAUGUGCAAACAGAAUAUUUAAUUCAGUAAACUACUUUCUUAUUUUAAAGUGCAUGUCGUCUAUUUUAUGAAAUCUAUACCGUUUUAUGAAAUCUAGACCGUCUGCAAAAUGAUGUGAUAUUUUUCUAUGAAUUAUUAUAAAAACGUUAACAGGUUGUGUCGUUUGCAGAAUCAUUCUUGUUCUUGUUGUUCAUUCUAACUUCAAUUUGUAGAAUUAUAAUUUGAGUGGUGAAUUCGUAGCUGUUUCUGUGGGUAUUUUGGAUUUAUGUGUUGAUGGCGAUCA